CGUAUAUAGAGUGUAUUACAAUGGCGUGGCGUUAUAAGCUUGGAAAGUGUCUUCAGGAGGUCCGUUUCCUUUAUUGCGAGAGCUCGGCAGGCAGCAAGGGUGUCCGUGAUUUUAUUGAGAAACAAUACUACAGCUUGAAGGCCAUGAACCCAAUUCUCCCCAUCAUCGUGCGAGAAUGCGACGGAACUCGGGCAAAGGUGCUUGCUAGAUACGACUACAACAAUAUGCGCGAGCUUGAUCUGGAAGAUAUGACCGAUAAGGAAGUGGAGAACUGCAUGAAACGUUUGGUGGAAAUAGGAGAAGUGAUGCCAAAGUGCCCCACAGCUAUCCCGAGACCCGAGUCUGUUGUUUAAAGUAAAGCUAUAUAAAUU